CUCUCUCUCUCUCCCGCGCGCGCGCGCGCACAUACACACAAACACACAUUGUUCAUCACAGACUCUGGCCGCGCGCACUGAGCACAGCAUCUUUCCGGAGCGCACAAGGAACCAGAAAGGGAAACCACAAAAGGACCUUUUAUUCAGGAUGUUAAAGAAAAGCUGAGGAUUUAGAGCAAUGCUGAGUGUGUUUUGUUUAAGAGAGCAUUGAUUCAGCCAUCUCCAGUGACCCGAGUGUUUAUUUAAGUCAUUGUUUGUUUAUUAUAAAGAUGUCUAGUAGAUAAGAAAUGAAUUCAUCAUAGCCUGAUUAUCAGAGAGCAGAAAUCUGGACGCAGCGUUUGGAUGCAGGAACAUGAGGACACGAGACAGCAGGGCACCGGCAGUGCCCAGGUUGGGGUCCUCCCAGCGGGGCGAGGCAGCAGUGUGGGCGGGGCCCCUGUCGAGGACAUGCAGGCGCUGUCAAUCACUUCUCUGUCCGCCUCCGAGGUCGAGCAAGAAUUCGAGCUGAUUGGUCCUCUGGGCAAGGGCACCUAUGGCAAAGUCGACCUGGUUUUGCAUCGGAAACAGGGCACUAAACUGGCUCUGAAGUAUGUGAAUAAGAACAAAACAAAACUGCGCAGUUUUCUGCGUGAAUACAGUCUGACGGCUGCUCUGAGCUGCAGUCCAUUUAUCAUCAAAGUGUUGAAUGUUCUGUUCGAGACAGAAGAGAGUUAUGUGUUUGGUCAGGAGUAUGCACCUGCGGGAGACCUGUUUGAUAUCAUCCCACCUCAGUCUGGUUUGCCAGAGGAAAUGGUCAAGCGCUGUGUUCAACAGCUGGGUUUGGCUCUGGACUUCAUGCAUAGCAAGAGUCUCGUCCAUCGGGACGUGAAGCCAGAAAACGUUCUCCUCUUCGAUCGCGAGUGUCGACGUGUGAAAUUGGCUGAUUUGGGAAUGACACGGCGGACGGGCAGCAGAAUAAAGCGGAUCAGCGGCACAAUCCCCUACACUGCGGCCGAGGUGUGCCAGGCCUCCGUAUCGGAGGGCAUUAUAGUGGCGACGACCCAGGAUGUCUGGGCAUUUGGAGUUUUGCUGUUUUGCAUGCUUACGGGAAACUUUCCUUGGGAGGCUGCGUUGCCUAGCGACGCAUUUUUUGCAGAAUUCCAGCGUUGGCAGCGAGGGGCGUGUCCACCUGGCGUCGUGCCAUCCCAAUGGAGGCGCUUUUCUGAUGAUGCGUUACGCAUGUUUGGCCGGCUGUUGGCGUUGGAGCCGGAGCGUCGUUGUGGGGUCAAAGAGGUGUUUUACUUUCUGAAAUACGAUCUGCUGAAUCAUCAACGCCGUAGAGCUUCCUGCAGGGCAUCUAGGGGAGGUUCCAGCCGUUGCUCCACCCACAGAAAUGCAGACCCCUCCCCUCCUUCAGGGACUGCCUGUCUACGGCCCACCCCCCUCAAACGUAGCAUCUUGUCUGAGCCGCUUUCUUCACGGGAGGAAUCCUCCAAAAGCCCAUCACCGAAUCGACAAGACAAGAGUAAAGUGAUGAUGACCACGCCCAUUGAAAUUUGUGUAUGAAGCCAAUGGAGUCACAGCUUCUUAAAGCCUAUGGGUCUCAUGGUGAUGACCUAAAGUUUUUUAAAGGAAAAGGUGGCAAUAUUUCUUCCAAUGUCUAUUGGGAAAACAGGGUUGCAUAUGGACAGCAGUGUGAUGGGAGAACUAUAAUAAAACUAUGGUUAUUUUGGACACUUUGCAGAAGGAUCUUUUAAUCCUUAUGGAUUUUCCCCUUUAGAAAUUAACCUCAUGACAAAAUGGAUUUCUUCAUACAAAAUAAUUUACCCUCCUGUCAUUCCAAACCUGUGUGACUUUCUUUCUUCCAUUGAAGACAAGUAGAGAAAUAUUGCAGAAUGCUAUUUUCCAGACUGCCAAGGAAAAAAGGACCCUGAAGUCAGAAAGUACUCUGGACAGAUGCACUGUUUUUAUGGGUCUAUUUUGUGGAGCUCAAUCAUUCUGCAAUAUUUUCUAUUUCGUGUCUUUAUAAAUUCAUUAAGGUUUGAAGUGGCCUGGUGGGAAAUUUAAUUCGGGAUGGAAUGUGCGGCUUUCCCACUUUCCAGGUUAUUAUAAACACUGAACUUUUCUAUGAUGCGCUGAUAUCUUAUGAACAGAAGCGUUCAAUGUACUAAAUGAGGGAAAAUGUUUCCAACACCAUCUUUAAAAAGCAGAGAAACAUCAAAUGACCUUUAAAACCAGCCUAUUACAGAAUCAUAUGUGUGUAGCAAAUGAAAAUAAGAUAUAUUUUAUACAGGAUUUUGUUUAGUUUUAGACCAAGCAAAACUAGACGCCACAAAGACUCGGAGAGUCACUGCCUCGUUGUUGAAUUUCUAAUAGAUGGGCGAUUUUCUUCAAAGCUUCCUUAGUAAUAUGUAGUUUUUUAAGAGUAAGUCUCCUUUAGAUUACAGGGAUUUUAGUAUGACUUUAUUACUUAGGAUUUUUGUCUUGUUUUCAGUACAAAUAUCAAAAUAUUCCUAAAUCAAGAUGUAUUUUCUUGAUGAGCAAAAAGGUUUUUUUUCCCAUUGGCAGAUUUUUUUAGCUUGUUUUAAGCACAAAUUCACUUAAUUUUUAUGUUUAAUGUCUAAAAACUUUCCUCAUCAAGAAAAUGCAUCUUAAUUAACUCUUUCCCCAUCAUUGAUGAGUUAUUUUGUCAAUUAAGAGAAAAUUUUGCAAUAACAAAACGUGUUCCUGAUGAAUUUUUAUGUUAAUCUGCAAUACAAAAUUUAUGAAAAAAAAAUGAAGCCAAAAUAUGAUUUACUAAUUUUUUAAUUUCUUCACAAAAAUGCAAUUAUUUCAGCUUUUUGCUAAUAAAAAUUGUAUUUUUAAAGAAAAAGAGAAAAAAUAUAGAUUGGAUAAAACUUUUUUCCUGUUUGUUUGUUUGUUUAUUGUUUGUUUGUAAGCAGAGGGUCUGUUCUUUCAUUUGAUAUAUUUGUAUGUUUUUAUAUUUUUAGAAGAAAAAUUUCCUGGAAGGCAUUUUGUGAAACUUUUGUGAAAAUCACCAAAAAUGCUUGCGGGCACACUGCAAAACUUGAUUUUCAAGAAAAAAAUUCAUAGUAUUUUUGUCUUGUGUCCGGUAAAAAUAUCUAAAAAUUCUUAAAUGAAGAUGGUUUUUCUUGAUGAGCAAAACGACCCAAGAAAAUAAGUCUAGUUUUUAGAAAAAAAUAUCAAAUUUAAGUGAUUUUGUGCAUAAAACAAGCAAAAAAUCUUCACUUUUUCUUGAAUUUAGUGUUUAAGAAAAAUGUUCAAGAUUUUUUGCUUACCCCAUUGGCAUAUGUUUUGCUUGUUUUAUGCACAAAAUCACUUAAAUUUGAUAUUUUUGGUCUAAAGACUAGACUUAUUUUCUUGGGUCGUUUUGCUCAUCAAGAAAAAGCAUCUUCAUUUAAGAAUUUUUUGAUUUUUUUACAGAAAAAGACAAAAAUACUAAGAACUUUUUUUUCUUGAAAAUCAUUUUUUGCAGUGAAACUUUAAAAAAAAUGUUUGGUGGCGAAUGAGUUAAGGAUUUUAGACUGAAAACAAGACAAAAUACUAAGUAAAAAAGUCAUUUUUUCAGUGUGUGUGUUUGUAUUUGUUGUGUUUGAAACACAGCCUUUCUAUGAGAUCUUUGAAGAAAUGCAUCAGGAGGUGAGAUGUUUUCAGAUCUGCUGUUUUGAUCCUAUAAUGACUUAACUGAGAUCAGUUUUCUGUGUUCUCAUAUAAUGGGUCAAUGAAGCAUCGAGGACUUUUCAAGAACAUAAGAACAUCUGCGCACUAGAACAUUGUGACAUUGUUUUGUCAGGUAUAGUGCUUAUUCGUAGCAUAUUUUAUAUCAGAACCAACUUGUUUAGUAUUAACUUAAAGUGUAUGUUUACAUAGGAUGUGUAUUAGAUAUUGAGUUAGGUGGUAGAGAUCUCUUAAAGUCUUUAAAUGUUUGAGGAUAAAUGUGUUGCACAAGUAACUUCCUCAGCAUAAAUAAACUCUUAAAGACAGACAAAAAGAAAUACGCACAUGAGCGCUCCAGCUUGGUCUCACGGGAAUUCGUGUUUUGGUACGAAUUGGCUAAUUCAUAUGAUCUGAAUCAUACACAUAUUGUUGUUGUGACAACUGAGGUCAGGCACACCUGGAUUAAUCAGUUUGUCCAAUAAUGGCAGACAGGAAACAAGGAGUUGGCUGAAGUUCAGGAAGUAGUGCAGCUGGGCAUGAAGCCUAUUGUGCGGUAGCCAACUGUGAACCGUAAAUAUGUGGUAAACAUGAUUACAUGCAAGUCAAACCCUCACGUGAGAAGUCACGAUCAACUUUAAUAAAACAGCGUAUGAUGAAAAUCAAUGUCAAAAUAAAAAUCUACACAAUAUGUAAGCUGGUUGGAUAGCUUUUUUCUGACCAUCUGUUGCAAAGAUUUAUAUAUGCCCAUAUAGACGGUAUUGUCUCAUUAUGUAUCCUGUUGAGAAAUAAAUGAUAUAUUUUGGAUAUAUUACAAAAAAUUUAUACAUUUUGGCCAUGCCCUACCCCAGCAUCAUGGGGAGAAAGCAAAUUGUACAAAAACAUGUGAAUGUGGUAGUACAAAUGAAUACGAAUUGGCCAUCUCGUAAAAAAUGUAUGAAUUGCUAUGAGAUUGUGUUGUUGGAGUGCUCUGAUGUGCUGUGAUGCAAAUGAAAUUGUUAAUAUAAGGAUGAAAAAAUCUGUGAUUCGACAGUUUAAUGCUGGUAAAUUUUCUUCUAUGAUAGGAAUCAUUUUUAAUGAUAGUUUAUAAUAGUUUAUAGUUAAAUAAGGUUACAAAGUGCUCUGUUAGGACUUGAAAUUUCGAUUGGGAGAAACAAUAGUUAAUGUUUUUAUAAAUAUAAAAUAACUGUAUAUGAAACUGGAUGUUAUUUAGUUGCUGUAAGAGUUGUAAAUUGUUCUGAUUGAUAAACAGCUCAUUAAACUCUUAAAAUGCA